CACCCCGCCCACUCGCCCCUGAUUGACCAAGUCCGAGACGGGGAGCAGCCUCUGCAGGGAGACCCGUGGCCAGGGAAGGCGAGGACUGGGCUCAGGUUUUGCCUCGGCCAAAAGCUUGGACAGAAGAACAAACCCAUGUGCCCCCCUGGUGCUCUGAGAAAGACCCUUUGAACCAAAAUCAGGAAUAAGUACAUGGAUUGGAACUGUACAGUGCCAAGCACUUCACUGUCACCUACGCAUUCUGCAACAGGAAGUGUGGACAGAUGGAAGUGCCUGUAGCCCUUGAGGAACCCACGGAUUCAGAUCUGAAACUCCUUGAUGUGUGAGCAGACCAUGUGUGGCCCGAGAGGAUAUAGCACAUCAUGGUGGGGAAGACAUGGUGGCAGGAGCUUCAGGCAGCUGGCCAAACAGCAUCUAGUCAGGAAGCAGAGGUGGCCCCUCUGGAUAGCUCUGCAGAAGCCAAGGAGCUUCUUGGCUGGAGGUGCUGCAGCUCCACUGGAGACAGGCCUGCCAGAGUAGGUACUCAUCAGGAAGAGGCUGAGACACUGAGGAUAAAGAGCCCCCUCAAAGCCAGAAGGCUGCUGGAUACUCUGUUACACUCCAGAAUCAUCCAGCAGGAGACACCAGCUAUGGCAGACCCCAGGCACCCAGUAUCAGUGCGCACGGUGGCCCUGGUUCAGAUGGACCGACUCCAGACAUUUGCCCUCUCUGUGCGCUGGUCAGACAACAGUGACAUGUUCGUGCGAAGGAGCUGGGAUGACUUCAAGCAGCUCCAGAAGAUACUCAAGGAGACCUUUCCAGUGGAGGCGGGCCUGUUACGAAGAUCAGACCGAAUUCUCCCGAAGCUUCCAGAUGUUCCAUUGCUGGCCCGCGGGGGACGCACUAGCCGAGGCUUGGGACGCUUGAAGCUGCUGGACACCUACGCGCAGGGGCUGUUAGCAGCCUCAGAGCGUGUGUCCCAGAGCUCUGUGCUCACCAACUUCUUCUCCGCACAACCCCAGGACUUGGAGCCUGUAUUGCCUCCCCACAGCUUGGUGAUCCUGCCAGCUCCUGAGAAGCCCUCAUCUCAGCCUGUGAGCAGCCCUGUCAUUCACAGUGUGAAAGCGCAGAGCCUGCGCUGCUUACAGCCCUUCCACACCCUGGACAUACAAGACAGGCCCUUCCAUGUGCAGGCCCAGGAAAGCCUGGGUGUUCUACUAAGACACCCGUCAGGCUGGUGGCUAGUGGAGAACGAGGACCAGCAGGUAGCCUGGUUUCCGGCUCCUUACCUGGAGGUGGCACUGGGCCAGGGCUGGCAGGCAGAUCUGGCUCUACAGAACAAUGGAGCCCAGUUCUGUGCUACUCGUGCCUACGAGGGCAAGCGCACCGAUGAGCUGUCGGUGCCAGUGGGGGCACGCGUGUGUGUUCUGGAAACCUCAGACCGUGGCUGGUGGGUGUGCAGGUAUGCUGGCCGGACAGGCCUGCUCCCUGCAGUCCUACUACAGCCACAAGGGCUGGGCUCGCUCCUGGGUGGGCCAGGACUCCUCAGUGGCGACCACAGGGAGGACAUGGUGGCUGAAGCCAGGACAGUUCCUCCUGCAGUGCCUGCUCGCCCCCAACCGAGUGCCAUUCGGAGCCGCUGCUGCACUGUCACCCGCAGGGCACUGGGGAGGGGCACAGGGACCAAGAGCCCCCCUUGAGGGUAUACGUAACCCUGCAAGGACAGGCUGUACUGUCCACCCCAAACACAGAGGAAACCCCAUUUUCUGUAAGUAAAACUUAAAAUAACCUGCAAAACCUUACUGUACCAGGCUGGCAGGGGUGGCCUUUAGCCCCUAGAGUGGGAUUCUGCUUGACCAUGACCUUGGGAAAGACUGCUGAUACCCACAUUAUGAACCAACAUAAA